AUGUGGAUUAUCAACUGGUUCUACGACCUUCUAUCGUCCCUUGGCUUGCUCAACAAGCAUGCCAAGCUCCUGUUCUUGGGACUCGAUAAUGCUGGAAAGACGACUCUUCUGCACAUGUUGAAGAACGACCGAGUCGCCAUCCUUCAACCUACCGCUCAUCCCACAUCGGAGGAACUUGUCAUCGGAAACAACCGCUUCACGACCUUCGACCUUGGUGGUCACCAGCAAGCCCGGCGCUUGUGGAAGGACUACUUCCCCGAAGUCAGCGGCAUCGUCUUCCUUGUCGACGCCAAGGACAUUGAGCGCUUCCCCGAGUCCAAGGCCGAACUCGAUGCCCUCCUCGCCAUGGAGGAGCUCUCCAAGGUGCCCUUCCUGGUCCUCGGAAACAAGAUCGACCACCCCGAUGCCGUCAGCGAGGACGAGCUCCGACACCAGCUUGGUCUGUACCAGACGACGGGUAAGGGCAAGGUGCCCCUUGAGGGCAUCCGGCCUAUUGAGGUCUUUAUGUGCAGUGUUGUUAUGAGGCAGGGAUACGGCGAGGGUAUCAGGUGGCUGUCUCAAUAUGUCUAG